AUGGCGAUACCAUUCCCUGAGAUUGGGACAAGUGGAGAAAGAGUAGGGUUUGAGGAAAAAGAUGUAGUGAAUAAGGAUUUUUACGGAUUUUCAAAGCCAAUUAAGACCUUAUCAAAGGAAUUUAGCAAAAUAGGGGGUCGCAGCAGCUCGGGAGGCAGGAGGAUCUGCAGAGGCCAGGCAGCCCAGCUUCGCGAAGGCUCUCGCGUGCCAGGGCCGCCACCCCGAUGCCCGAGGAAGGUCAACUCCGCCGAGGGGGCUGCGAAGGGAGCCCAAGAGGAGGUCACGAGGUUGUCAGCUAAACCUGCUCCUGCAAAAGUGGAAAGGAAGCCAAAAAAGGCGGCAGGAAAGGGUAAGUCUUCAGACAAAAAAAGUGCAAACAAAGGGGAAAAGGGAGCAAAGGGAAAACAGGCUAAAGUGGCUAACCAAGAAACGAAAGAAGACUUACCUGCAGAAAACGGAGAGACUAAAAAUAAGGAGAGUCCAGCCUCCGAUGAAGCAGGAGAGAAAGAAGCCAAGUCUAAUUAAUACCAUAAACCAUAUCUUAUCAGUGGUCCCUGUCGCCCUCCUUGUGCAAUCCAGAGGAAUAUUUUUAUCAACUAUUUUGUAAAUGCAAGUUUUUUAGUAGCUCUAGAAAC